AUGGCUUCUGCUCAAAUUGCAUGGGGAGAAAAACAAAAGCAAUUACCAUGGAUUGGUGAUAUUACUCCAGAAGAACUUGCUAAGCACAAUAAACCAGAAGAUUGCUGGUGUUCUUUCAAAGGCGAUGUUUAUAAUAUGACUCCUUACUUAUCCAUGCAUCCAGGAGGUCCAAAGAUUAUCAUGUCUUGCGCUGGUGCUGACAUGACUGAGCUCUUCAUGAAGAAGCAUCCUUAUAUCUCUCCAGCUUUGAUUGCAAAGAUCAAAAUUGGAAGACUUGUUAAAUAA